AUGGGCGAACUAAUCGAUCAUACUGUCAAUCAUCAACUGCCACUGGUAGUUGACACUGCGGCCAGGAUUGGCGUCGAAGAAACCCAAAAUUGUCAAGAUGACUUGGAUCUCGAAGACAAACCUGUCCCUUUCCCGAUCGCGAUUGUUGGAAUGGCCAUGAGAUUGCCCGGGGGCGUGAGCUGCGAAGAAGAAUUCUGGGACUUUUUGAUCAACAAACGUGACGGACUGUGUAAAGUUCCCGAUACCCGAUAUAAUAUUGACGCUUUUUAUCAAGGGUCAAGACCGGGUGCGAUACGAACAAAGCACGGAUACUUCCUAGAACAUGAUAUCCGGCACUUUGACCCAGAAUUCUUCGGACUUAGCAAGAUCGAGGCUGCCAAGCUUGAUCCCCAGCAAAGAAUGCUUCUGGAGAUUACCUGGGAGUGCAUGGAGAAUGGAGGUCAAGUAGGAUGGAGAGGAAAGAACAUCGGAUGUUAUGUGGGUGUUUUCGGGGAGGAUUGGCUGGAUGUGAAGAUCAGAGAUCCCCAAGAUCAUGACCGGUAUCGUGUCGUUGGAGCGGGCCCCUAUGCUCUCUCCAACCGGGUGUCAUAUGAAUAUGAUCUUGGCGGCCCAAGCAUGACUAUUCAGACUGGAUGUUCAUCGUCCCUUGUAGGUCUGCAUGAGGCCUGCCAGGCUCUCUACUCUGGAGAAUGCUCUUCUGCCUUGGUAGCUGGCACCAAUCUCAUCUUUACACCAACAAUGACCACGUCAAUGUCAGAUAACAUGGUCAUUUCAGAGAGUGGUGUAUGCAGAACAUUUGACGCGGCAGCAGACGGAUAUGGUAGAGGAGAGGCUGUGAAUGCGAUUUUCAUCAAGCCUCUUGAUAAGGCUCUUCGGGACGGUGACCCGGUGCGAGCUGUCAUUCGAUCGAGCGCAACCAACUGCGAUGGCAAAACUUCUAGCAUCACUACUCCGGGGUCUGCAGCGCAGGAAAGGUUAAUUAGGAAGGCUUAUAAAAAAGCUGGACUGGAUGUUUCCUCAACUGGCUUGUUCGAGUGCCAUGGCACAGGGACGACUGUUGGAGAUUUGGCAGAGACGUCCGUGGUGGGCAAAAUCUUUGGGGAUAAAGGGAUUCACAUUGGGGCCGUCAAGCCCAAUGUUGGUCACUCUGAAGGUGCAUCUGGAAUCACAAGUGUGAUUCACAGUGUGCUUGCGCUGGAAAAUCGCACAAUUCCGCCUAAUGCUCACUUCCAAGAUCCGAAUCCUAACAUCCCGUUUGAGCAGGCAAAGCUGAAGGUUGCCGUGAAGCCGACUCCUUGGCCCGCAGACCGAAGCGAAAGAAUAAGCAUCAAUUCAUUUGGAAUUGGCGGGUCAAAUGCUCACGUUAUUCUUGAUUCUGCUUCUACCCUGCAGAUUGGCACGCCUAUGAAUGUAGAUGGCCCACAGCUUCUAGUGGUCUCUGCGAAAUCAAAGUACUCGUUGAACAGGCAGAUCGACCGUCUACAAGCCUACUUGGAAUCGACAAAGUCACCUUUGAGCGACAUCGCGUAUACCUUGGGAUUGAGACGAGAACAUUUGACUCAUCGUGCCUUUGCGGUCACUCAAAGCGACGGUAAGAUUUCGCCUUUUGAAAGGUCGGUCUCCGUGAGAGCACCAACCGUCUUCGUAUUUACGGGUCAAGGUGCCCAAUGGCCUGGAAUGGGGAGACAACUGAUCGAAAAGGCUCAGGGCUUCCGAGAAGAUAUUCAGAUGAUGGAUCGUGUCCUACAAGGGCUAAAAAGCAAGCCUUUGUGGUCGCUUGAAGAUGAGCUUCUGAAGUGCGACGAUCAGAGUAGAGUAGCGGAAGCAGAGUUUGCACAGCCCCUCUGCACUGCCGUUCAGAUCGGUCUCGUUAACCUCCUUCGGGCUUGGGGCACUACACCUGACGCAGUAGUAGGGCAUUCCAGUGGAGAGAUUGCAGCUGGUUAUGCAUCAGGUGCAUUGUCCGCUGAGAUGGCGAUUCUCAUUGCCUAUUUCCGUGGUCAGGCAAUGAAGGAUCAAUCCAGCCGUCCUGGUGGCAUGGCAGCCGUUGGCCUUGGCCCCGAACAGGUUGAACCUUUCCUGAAACCGGGCGUCGUCGUCGGCUGUUAUAAUAGCCCAGAAAGUGUCACUCUAUCAGGGGAUAGUGAAAUCCUCACGGAGGUUUUGGAUAAUAUUCAUGGUGACAGCCAGGAUACUUUUUGCCGAAAGCUUGCGGUCAAUGUAGCGUAUCACUCGCACCACAUGGCUGAUGCAGGUGAAGUCUAUGAGAAGAUGGUCGCUCCUAACUUCUACCACCAACCCUCUAUGAUCCCAAUGUACUCCACUGUUACCGGGACAAUCGUGACAGAUCCCUCUAUCCUGAGCCCUAGCUAUUGGCGCAGAAACCUACAGUCCCCUGUUCUUUUUCACACCGCAAUCGAAAGAAUUCUCAAGGACGACACCCUGUCAAAGCUUUUCCUAGAGGUCGGACCCCAUUCAGCUCUUUCCGGCCCUAUAAGGCAGUCAAUAAAACUGGCGAAUACAGGAGAGCACCGAUACAUUCCGACAAUCAUCAGAGACAAGGAGUCCUGGAGAAGCCUUCUGGCUGCAGCUGGUAAUCUUCACACGCAUGGCGCCUCAAUUGAUCUCCGGCACAUUAUUCCCCGAGGCAAAGUCGUGACAAAACUCCCCCCAUACUGUUGGCAGCAUACCGAGAAAUAUUGGGACGAGCCUCGAAUUGUUCAUGACUGGAGACAUCGUCAAUAUCCUCACCACGAGUUGCUUGGCUCCCAGAUACUUGAGUCAAACCAUUUGGAACCAUGUUGGCGAAACAUUCUAAAGUUAGAAAAUGUCCUUUGGUUGUUGGAUCACAAGCUGGGCACUGAUAUUGUCUUUCCUGCCGCCGGUUACGUUGCUAUGGCAGGUGAAGCGGUGCGGCGAGUGACUGGGUCAUCAGACUACUCUCUGAGAAAUGUAUUCAUUCGCAGUGCCUUGAUUAUUGAGGACUCAGUGGAGAUAUUGACGAGCUUGCGGCCUGAGAAGCUCACAGAUCAUGUUGACUCCCUGUGGUUUGACUUCACUAUUUCUACGUUUCAGAACGGAAAAUGGAAGAAACACAUCGUGGGUCAAGUUCGGGGAGGAGCUGAACAGGAGUAUGGUGUCCCCUCCAGACAGAGCUAUCCUAGACAAGUUGACUCGGACAAAUGGUAUCAUGCACUGAGCAAGCGCGGUUUGAACUAUGGUGACCAUUUCAGGGGACUUGAACAGAUCACAGCAAGUUCAACCACGCAACAGGCUUCCGCGGUAUUGCAUAGCGAUGAGCCGCCGCUCGACAGCUACUACGCUCUUCAUCCAACCUGCAUUGAUGAAUGCUUCCAGUUGUUAAGUGUAGCAGCGACCCAAGGGAUCUCACGGCGCAUGACAAAGAUGUGCAUACCAACUGCUAUUGAAUCUCUAUAUGUUACUGAAGGUCGUGGGCCAAUGGACCUGAAUGUUUCUUGUGAGACCAUUGGUGGUACUCUGGAGGCAAAUUCGGAGCUGUUCUCAAACAAUUGUGUCUCGCUCCGUAUGGAAAGGGGGUUUUUUUUUAGUAUCAAUGAUCCGGAGUCAGAUGACAUCAAUACGCCGCUAGCAUCAAACUUACAUUGGACGCCACAUAUCGACUAUCUCCCUUUCAGAGAACAACUGCCACCCCAUGAACCAGCUUUUGAUGGGAAGACAAUGGCCAGGCUAACGAGCACAUGUGUGGCUGAAGCAUAUCGCCUGACAAAAAAUUCUACCCCUGUUUCGGAUCACCUUGAGAAAUACCAUGUUUGGCUUCAAGAUCUAUAUCUGAAGAUCAAGGAAAAGUCACCCGAAAUUAUUCCCGAGAUGAGGGAAGAGGAUGUUUCAGUACUUAGUGUCUGCGGCCCUUAUGCUGAUGCAUUGAACAAGAAGGGACGCGAGUCUCAUCCCUGGCUCAUACCUAGCCUCGAGCUCUUGCAUAGAGUCUGCUUUAAUUUGCACGACGUGUUAGAGGGUCGCAUUAAUCCUCUCGAACUUCUCAUGGAGAAUGCUGGGAUGAAAGAAUUCUUUGACGCUAUGUGUGCAAUCUCACCCUGUGAAGACUUCAUCGCACUACUAGGUCAAUCUUACCCAGGUAUUCGUAUCCUCGAAAUUGGUGCUGGAACAGGCGGGUUGACAUCCACUGCCCUGAAGACUCUCAAUCCAGAAAGUGGCCGAAUUUAUUCACGCUACACCUUCACGGACAUAUCACCCGGCUUUAUUGCAGAUGCACAGGAGCGAUUCCACGAAUACGAUGCCGUCGAAUACGCAACCCUUGAUAUCUCUCGCGAUCCAGAGGAACAAGGCUAUGUUCCGGAGAGCUAUGAUCUGAUCCUGGCUGGCAAUGUGCUACAUGCGACAGCUCAGAUAUCCAGCACGCUAAAGAAUGUCCGCAAACUAUUAGCCCCCGGUGGUCGACUACUCAUGCAGGAGCUCAGUGGAGAUAAUCCCAUGAUCAACUUCAUAACUGGUAUUUUACCGGGAUGGUGGCUGGGAGAGAAUGACGGCCGCUCGAACAGCCCCGCAUUGUCUGUUGAGAGAUGGCAUGACGAAUUGACCAAAGCCAACUUUACCGGUGUCGACGCCGUGCGAUAUGCUAAUGACAGACCACUGAGUCUGACAACGGUGAUUCUUUCCAGAACGAAAGCUGCCGAUGACAAUGCAAUAGGGGGACAGAUUGGGCUGCUUUACCUGUCACAUAUAACGGAAUGGGGACGUGAAUUAGAGAAAGCACUUACUCUUGCUGGCUAUACGGUGACAUGGUACACAUUGCAAGAGAAAGCCCCAACUGGAUGUGAUCUUAUUUCCCUGCUUGAUCUUGAAGGGCCAUUCUUUCAGUACUUGUCGGCUGAUGAGUAUGACUUGUUCCGAAAUUACCUCUCCACGUUGGCUGAGAGUCAUCUCCUUUGGAUUACCAAGAGCCUUCAAAUUACAUGUGAUGAUCCUGGUUUUGCAUUGGUCUUAGGAAUGGCUCGCACACUUCGAAACGAACUGAGCAGCAAAUUUGCGACAGUGGAAGUUGACCAAUUUGACGACAUUUCCAUAGCCUCUGUACUCAAGGUUUUGCGCGCUUUGAAGGUUCAAUCCCAGCGGCCGUGGCUUGAUCCAGAUUAUGAAUAUGCCCUUCAAGAUGGAAAGAUUCUUCUGCCUAGGAUCCAAUGGUCUUCGCUAGAUCAACAACUGACUGACGUGCCACACCUGUCGGCAGCAAGAUCACUGGAUAUCGAAUUCAAUGGAAUUUUUGAUUCCUUAACGUGGGCCAUUUCCAUGUCGCCAGUCUCUCAGUCUGAUUUGAAAGAGCAUGAAGUCGAAAUAGACAUGAAAUAUGUUGGCAUGAAUUUCCGGGACAUGAUGAUUACCAUGGGAUUUUUCGGAUCUACGGAGCAGCUCGGAUUCGAAGGAAGUGGCAUUGUUCGACGGGUGGGCACUUCUGUGGAGCAUCUCCGAGUCGGUGACAAAGUCAGUUGCAUCUAUGAUGGUCUCUUCGCGACUCGAGUCGUUGCCCCAGCAUUUCUUUCCGGCGAACUGCUUCAUGCCUCUUGGAGAUGUGUCGCCAGGUUUGGGAAAAUGGUCGAAAUUGGGAAACGGGACUUCUUGGGUCAUGGUAAACUUGACAUGAAGGCCUUCCUUGAUCACCGAUCAUUCCACGGCGUGGAUCUCAGAACGCUAUCUCUUGAGUAUCCGAUGGUACUCCGGGGCCUGGUUGACCAAUUCAGAGACUUCGUCAAGCAAGGAAAAUUGACGCGCAUCGAGCCGGUGACAGUUUUCGAAGCUUCUGAUAUUACCAAAGCCUUCCGUCACAUGCAAACAGGCCAGCAUAUGGGGAAAAUUGUCAUUCGAAUGCCGGAAGAUCCGGAAAGUUUACCAAUAACCAGGAUACAUCGCAACGUCCCCAUAUUCAGAUCAGACGCCUCGUACCUUUUGGUUGGAGGACUCGGGGGACUUGGCCGAGCGAUAAGUACUUGGAUGGUAGAAAAAGGCGCCCGCAAUCUCAUCUUUCUCUCUCGGUCCGGUGCUGAAUCAACUGAGACCCAAAGUUUCAUUCAAGAUCUGGAGUAUAACGGCACGAUCAGCGUGACGGUGGUCAGAGGUGAUGUCUCCGUAGAAGGAGAUAUUCACCGGGUUAUUUCUGCCGCAAAAUGGCCCAUUGCAGGGAUUUUCCAGAUGGCAAUGGUGCUCAAGGAUCAGAUGUUCUCGAAUAUGACAUAUGAAGAAUGGACAGCUUCCCUGGUGCCUAAGAUGCGAGGAACAUGGAAUCUCCAUUACAAUUUCCAAAACACGCCACUCGACUUCUUUGUUCUUUUCAGUUCUGUCACGGGACUCAUGGGAUUUGGCAGCCAGGCCAAUUACGCUGCAGCCAACACUUUCCUCGAUUCAUUUGUGAAGUAUCGCCAUUCCCAGAAGCUACCAGCAAGUGUAAUUGAUCUUGGUGUUAUGGGAGACAUUGGUUACGCAGCCGAAAACAACCCGCAAUCAUUGAAAGUCUUUAAUUCUCUUGGUAUCCAGAUACUUGAAGAAAGGCAUCUGCUUCAAGCUUUGGAGAUCUCCAUAUUUUCUCAAUUCUCUCAUCCGUCAUCACAACUAAUCGUGGGACUGGGAACAAGGACCUCGAGUAUGCCUGCCCUGGUCCAAGAAGGGCGUUUUAGUCGUUGGCAGAAUGUUGCUGUCAGCGGGAAAGCAACGGCCGUAACUCGUUCUCACGCAUUGAACUCUCUUUUGGAUGAAAUUCGCGACAAUCCCAAACUACUGGAUGAAGAGACCACUCACGACAAGAUUACUAUCGAGCUGGGCAAGGUUGUUGCUUCUCAUCUUGUCUAUGCGGAAGAUAUGAGCAAAGAGGAAAUGGCUAAUAUUUCAAUUGAUUCAUUGAUGGGCAUCGAAAUUCGCAGCUGGUUUCGCCGUAACGCGGGUAUCGACAUUUCUCUUGUAGAGAUAUCAAAUGCUGGCACCGUUGGAGGCCUUGCUGACGUUGCAAUAAAGAUGCUACGCAAGAAGCACUUGAGUGGAGAAGAAGUUCCAAACCCCUCUAUCAUACCGUCGACGGCUGAACCAGAUGAACUACCAAUUUGCUUGAAGGAUAUGAAGCUAGGAAUUGACUUCCAGCCUAUUUCCGGGAACGUACCGGACUGGUGCUCUGAGUCCGAAGGAAGAAUCUUCCUCACUGGUGCGACAGGAUUUGUGGGUUCCUUUUUCUUAUUGGAUCUCCUUGCUCUCCCACAAGUCAAGAAUGUCACUUGCCUGGUAAGAACAACAGAUCCCGAGUCCGGCAAACGGCGGAUUGAAAAUGCUUUUGCCCGAUAUUCGCUACCCAUGGAUUCUCUGAGCAAAGUGACUGUGGUCCCAGGAAACAUUGCCUAUCUGAACUUGGGAAUGUCGAAAGAAGACUUUGAAUAUUACGCACAGGUAUCAAGUGCUGUCUUCCAUCUUGCAGCUCACGUCAAUUAUACUCUUCCAUACUCUGCUCAUCGAGAGGGGAACAUUACUGGACUCCUCAAUAUCUUGAAAUUUGUCAAUGCUGGUCGUCUUAAGGCUUUACAUUACUGCUCAAGUUUCUCAGCCUGCGGUAUUCCGCCAUUCCUCUCUGGUGGUGGUGCAAUCCCAGAGGAUAAAAGGGCGGUGCUGGAUCGUCGAUCCUUUGAAAUGCACUCUGGAUACACCAGAAGUAAGCUGGUUGCAGAGAACAUAGUGUGGAAUGCCAUUGGGAAUGGUUUCCCCAUAUCCAUUUAUCGCCCGGGAGGACCUAUCCAGUCGCCUGAUGAUCAACUGUAUCCAACUCGGAGCGUUCCCGACCCCCCUGCGCAACGCACCCACAUUGUCCCAGUCGACUUUUUAUGCGCAGCGAUGCUGCAUAUCUCGCAGACUUCAGAGAGCCACGGUCAUGCCUUCAACGUGGUUUCACCUCACGAUCAAACCAUCACGUUGCGUGAUACGUUCAAAAUUAUAAGCGACUGCUGUCCCAUUCCCCUACGAGAGGUCUCUUCAGCCGAGUGGCUGCAGUUGUUUCAGGAAGGUGGCAAGAAGAGCAUGAAAGCGGCCACUCCAAUGCUUCAAGAAAGACUGGCGGGAAGCCUGAUCUUUUGGGAUACCAGCAGCGGAAUGUCCACGUAUGAAACCACCAAUCUGCGCAGGGCGCUGGCAAACUCGCCCGAGAUCCUGAACGUCAAGUCCAUGCCGGAUCUUCUCAGGACAUACUAUGACCGUUGGAAGGUCGUAGCUGUAGAGGCGAAUGUCAAUAUCUGA